GGAUCCCAUGUGGAAUGGUGUAAACAGCUGAUAGCUGCAACCAUUUCUAGUCAGAUUUCAGGAUCUGUCCCAUCAGAAGGUGUGUCCAGGGACUACAGGGAGAUGCAGGAUGGACACAAUGGCUAUCAUUCUGAAGCAGAACCUGAUCAGGCACUGCGGGAUGGAAACAAACUAGCACAGAUGGAAGAGGCUCCACUUUUUCCUGGAGAAUCAAUCAAAGUUAUUGCUAAAGAUGUUAUGUAUAUCUGUCCAUUUAUGGGAGCAGUCAGUGGUACGCUAACAGUGACGGACUUCAGAAUGUAUAUCAAAAGCGUGGAAAGGGAUCCGCCUUUUGUUGUUGAUGUUCCCCUUGGAGUCAUAAGUAGAGUUGAAAAAAUUGGAGUACAGAGCCACGGAGACAACUCCUGUGGUAUAGAAAUAGUUUGCAAGGAUAUGAGAAAUUUGCGGCUGGCCUAUAAACAGGAAGAGCAGAACAGAUUGGAGAUUUUUGAAAACCUCGUAACACGCGCAUUUCCUGUUUCUAACGGGCUGCCUCUCUUUGCAUUCAGCUAUAAAGAAAAGUUUGCUGUUAAUGGCUGGAAAGUGUAUGAUCCAAUGGCAGAAUAUAAGAGGCAGGGCUUGCCCAAUGAGAGUUGGAAAAUAUCCAAAAUUAACAGCACCUAUGAACUUUGUGAUACGUAUCCUGCUAUUCUUGUUGUGCCAACCAGUGUAAAGGAUGAUGACCUCUCAAAAGUGGCAGCGUUUAGAGCAAAAGGCAGAGUUCCAGUGUUAUCCUGGAUUCAUCCUGAGAGCCAAGCAACAAUAACACGAUGCAGUCAGCCAUCGGUAGGCCCAAAUGAUAAACGUUGCAAAGAAGAUGAAAAAUAUUUGCAGACAAUAAUGGAUGCCAAUGCUCAGUCACAUAAACUUAUCAUCUUUGAUGCCAGACAGAAUAGUGUUGCAGAUACAAACAAGGCAAAAGGUGGAGGAUAUGAAAGUGAAAGUGCCUACCCAAAUGCAGAGCUGGUCUUUCUGGAAAUUCAUAAUAUACAUGUAAUGAGAGAAUCCCUGCGUAAACUUAAAGAAAUAGUUUAUCCUACUAUCGAUGAGACUCGGUGGUUAUCAAAUGUGGACUCCACACAUUGGCUGGAAUAUAUAAGGAUGCUGCUGGCAGGAGCAGUAAGAAUUGCAGAUAAAAUUGAGUCGGGUAAAACGUCUGUGGUGGUACAUUGCAGCGAUGGUUGGGAUCGAACUGCACAGCUUACUGCACUAGCUAUGCUCAUGCUGGACAGCUAUUACAGAACUAUCAAGGGGUUUGAAGUUCUUAUAGAGAAGGAAUGGAUAAGUUUUGGACACCGAUUUGCAAUGCGCGUAGGACAUGGAGAUGAUGAUCAUGCUGAUGCAGACAGAUCUCCCAUUUUCCUUCAGUUCAUCGACUGUGUAUGGCAAAUGACAAAGCAGUUUCCUGCGGCCUUUGAAUUCAACGAGUUAUUUUUGAUCACCAUUCUGGAUCACCUUUACAGUUGUCUCUUUGGGACUUUCUUAUGCAACUGUGAAAAAGAAAGAUUAAAAGAGGAGAUAAGCACAAGAACUAUAUCGCUGUGGUCCUAUAUAAACAGCCAGUUAGAUGAGUUCACGAAUCCUUUCUACGUAAACUAUGAAAACCAUGUCCUGUAUCCUGUUGCCAGUCUGAACCAUUUGGAACUAUGGGUGAACUACUAUGUCAGAUGGAACCCAAGGAUGCGGCCUCAGGUUCCAAUCCAUCAAAAUCUUAAAGAGCUCCUCGCUAUCCGGACGGAGCUUCAGAAGAAGGUUGAAGAUUUGCAGCGGGAAGCUGCUACACGAUCCAUUUCUUCCUCCUCCGAUAGAGGUUCAUCUCCUUCCCAUUCCGCCACGCCGGUGCACACCUCUGUGUGAUGUGUAACAAAAGCCAUGCGAAAAAAUUUGUGUCAGGUAAUACAGAGAGGAGGGUGAAACGCUUUUCCCAUCACAAAAGAACUGUGAGUGACUUGUAAUUGCUGUGAUCUACAUGCCUUACUCUGUGUCUGAUAUUAUCGUGAUGAGGCCAAAAAGAGCUUCAAUAGAUGUGAUGUAUUUUCUUGUUGGCAGUUCCCACAUGUGUUUUGACAUCUCUAGCUAAAUCACCAAUUGUGAAAUUAAACUUUGUUUUGAGCAACUAACAAUUUAACCAUCCUAAAAAGGAAUCCAUCUGGCAAGCAGACAGAGAAAUGCCUCUCUCACUGCCGAGGGUACCAUGCCUGGCUGAGAGAAUGCGAUUAAAUGCCACAUGAUGCUUACACAGAACAUGGAACGUUUUGCUGAAUGGGAACUCCUUAUUUCACUCAGUAAU